AUGGUUCCAUCUCUUCACAUUGAGUGCCCCUUACCAAUCAUGAAUCACUACAAGACACUCAAUGCGUUCUUGGCUCUACGCAGAACACAAAAGAUCACAAGCUUUCAUCUCAAAUGCAAUAGUUAUGAUGAUUGUUGCCCACGUUACGUGGAACAAUGGAUUUCUGAAGUAGUAGCUAAAAAAGUUGAACAAGUGAAUAUCUCCAUGAGCCUUAGAAGUGCGUUGGACGUGACUGCUGCCUUGUUCACUUGCGCCACAAUUGUCAACAUGAAGCUCGAGGGUUCCUUUAGUAUCAUUAUUCCUUCUUCUGUUCAUCUCCCUAAUCUCAAGACUUUGCACCUAAAUAUACUCGCAUGUUUCGGCAUCCUAAAUGUUAACAAGCUUUUCUCUGGAUCUCCAACUCUUCAACGGUUUUACCUGAAACGACUCAAGUAUUUCUUUUAUUUCAAAGAACUGAUGAUUGUGCGUAACUCUCGCUAUAUCCAACUCCUCUAUUGCAACUCGCUUUACGACAUUCUCAUACAAUAUGAUAGGGAUUAUGAUUUUAUCCCAGACUCCAUGCAGAUUCAUCGUUGGCCAAACAUUGACAAAGCCAAGGUUUAUUUGACAUUGUCUUGUGAUAUGGAAGAGACAGCUUGCAACAUUCUUCGUGGACUAUGUAAUGUUGAGUUUCUGUCUUUGAAAUGUUUUAGAGAUCACAUUAAUCCUUCUACUCUUGAUCUUCCACUAUUUAAGAAUCUAGUUGAGUUACGACUUUUUCUUAAAAAAGAUGACUCCUUGAUUAAGGAACUUCCGGCCAAGUGUCCUAAGCUUCAAGUUACUCAACUCAAUAUCUUGGAUGAUCGUCCGAGGCGUUCACAUAAUAUCAGUGGAAGAACAAUGGUGCACGAUCUAUCAAUUUUGAUCUAA